AUGGCUGCAUCUACUGAAGUUAAAAAGCAAACCAAGAGAGGAGCAGUUGAUUUCGUUGCUGGUGGUGUUGCCGGUUUAUUCGAAGCAUUAUGUUGUCACCCAUUGGACACAAUCAAAGUUAGAAUGCAGUUGUACAGAAAAUCAGGUCAAAAGCCACCAGGAUUUAUCAAAACCGGUAUUAACAUUGUCCAAAAGGAAGGUUUCCUUUCGCUAUACAAAGGUUUAGGUGCGGUUGUUAUCGGAAUCGUUCCUAAAAUGGCCAUUAGAUUUUCGUCUUAUGAAUUUUACCGUACAUUUUUCUACGACAAAGAUGGUAAAAUCACUGCUGGUCAAACUUUCCUUGCUGGUGUUGGUGCUGGUAUAACUGAAUCGGUUAUGGUGGUUAAUCCAAUGGAGGUUGUUAAAAUCAGAUUACAAGCUCAACAUCAUUCAAUGAAGGAUCCUCUUGAUAUUCCAAAGUAUAGAAACGCUCCUCAUGCUGCUUAUGUUAUUGUUAAAGAAGAAGGUUUCAAGACUUUAUACCGUGGUGUUUCAUUGACUUGUGCUAGACAGGCUACCAACCAAGGUGUCAAUUUCACUGUCUACUCUAAAUUGAAGGAAUACUUGCAAAAGAAACAAAACACCGAAAUGUUGCCAUCAUGGCAAACCUCAGGAAUUGGUUUGAUCUCGGGUGCUUUAGGUCCAUUGUCUAAUGCUCCUUUAGAUACUAUAAAGACAAGAUUACAAAAGUCCAGUUAUGCUAGUAAUGAAAGUGGUUUGGUUAGAAUCAUCAAGAUUGGUAAGCAAUUGAUCAAAGAAGAAGGUGCUGCUGCGUUAUAUAAAGGUAUCACACCAAGAAUCAUGAGAGUUGCUCCUGGUCAAGCCGUUACUUUUACCGUUUACGAAUUCAUCAAGGAAUUAUUGACUAAAGAUUCAGUCUCCUUGACAGGUACAAACGAUCAAAAGAAAUUGAACUAG